AUGAGGCUACAGUUAAAACCUGUGCUGCUAGGUAUUGCAGUGAUAGCUAUAACAUGCAUGACCAUCAUCGCACUAAUCCUCACCAUUGUUAAUCGUCAAAGAGCAGAACUGCCGUUAUCAACACAGUAUGGGAUGGUAUUUGAUGCAGGUUCCUCACACACAGCCCUUUUCCUGUAUCAGUGGCCAGGAAACAAAGAAAACAACACGGGAGUUGUUUCACAGACUCUGACCUGUGAUGUGGAAGGUGAUGGUAUAUCCAGUUAUGUUACAAAUCCUGCUGAUGCUGGACAGAGCUUAAGAGGUUGCUUAGAUCUUGCAAUGGCAACAGUCCCUGCAAGUCAGCAAAGGACAACACCCCUUUACCUGGGAGCCACAGCAGGCAUGAGGCUUCUCCGUUUACAAAACAAAACUCAGUCAGACCAAAUACUUAACGAGGUGACCAAAACUAUGCAAAGUUAUCCCUUUGAUUUUCGUGGAGCCAGAAUUAUCACUGGUAUGGAGGAGGGAGCCUAUGCCUGGAUCACUAUCAAUUAUCUUCUGGAGAGCUUCAUUAAGUAUACAUUCAAUGGAAAAUGGAUUCACCCUAAAGCUGGGAAUAUUUUUGGAGCUCUGGACUUGGGUGGUGCAUCCACACAGAUUUCCUUUAUACCAAGAGAUCCAGUUAAAGACCCCCAGUCUGCUUUUGACCUCAAGCUGUAUAGCUACAGGUACCAGGUGUACACACACAGUUACCUGUGUUAUGGCAAAAAUCAAGCCUUGAAGAAACUUCAGGCAUAUCUUCAGAAGACUAUGAGCCCAUCUUUUGUUAUCGACCAUCCAUGCUACCACAAGGGCUACAAUCUGACGUUAAAGUUGGGGGACAUUUAUGACUCUCCUUGUGUGGACAAGCCAACCCCGUUUGACCCCUUGGCACAGGUCACUUUUUCAGGGACUGGUGAUUCUGCAAACUGUACGUCACUGAUAGAGAAGAUUGUAAACGUGACAAAGUGUUCACUUUACCCAGACUGUGGUUUUGGUGGAGUUUACCAACCUCCUAUCAAUGGAGAGUUUUUUGCUUUCUCUGCAUACUUCUAUACCUUUGACUUCCUUGGUCUUGCACCAAGGGCUUCAUUAUCUCAUGCCAAGUCCACUAUUGAGUCUUACUGCAACAAAACCUGGAUGACUGUUGUAGCAGAAAAUCCAAAGGAGAAGGAGAAGUACCUCCGAGAUUACUGUUGUUCAGCUCAUUAUAUCAUGGUUAUUCUCCUCAAAGGAUAUAAAUUCGAGAACAGCUGGGAUAAAAUCUCCUUUCAAAAACAGGUGGCAAACACUGAUAUAGGCUGGACUCUGGGUUAUAUGCUGAACCUGACUAAUCUGAUUCCCUCUGACCGCCCUCUAGUGGUAACGGGGGUCCAGACCAGCCAAUGGGCAGCAGAGGUUUUCUUCAUUGCUUUAGUACUUUUUCUCAGCUGCUUUAUUCUUACAGUUUUCUGUUUAUGGGGUCUAUCCUUAUAG